AUGUAUUCUGAGCCCUCUGAGUGCUCCGACGAGGACUCUCUACCCACGCGGGAAAUUCCCAUGUCAAAUGAGGUGUCUGAAACCAGCAACUGGGCCAGCACUGAAACAGCGCUAGAAGCGGCUCUAGUGGCUCUUGACCUGCAAGGUUCGAUUAUACACGAACUGCGUGGGAAAGUCGCGGCACUAGAUAACGACAUAAGUCACCUGACGGCGUUAUUUAAGGAUAACUUCCCAACAUGUGAUGCCGCGGGUCAGGCGAUCACACUAUCGAAACAACAGAUAUUCGACACUGCAGCCAAACUAGAAUCAGCGGCCAUUAGCGCAAAACGGACUAAAAUUUGGGGUAGUUUCCCCAAGUUCAAUUCUCCGCUUCAGGCAACCGAAACUCUCUUGAGAAGCCUUACAGCUCCAUCCCUACACAAACCAAUCGGAGCGUCGUGGCUGAUGUCCAAAGCUAAGAAGACGAAGGUGAGCAUCCUUAUCACCUUCAACUCGGAAUCAAUGGUAGCAGACGCUCUCGCCCAAACCGAGACCCUGAAAAGGGCAUGCAACCUUGUCCGGGGAGUUUCCCCAGACAAGCCACUGCACACCCAAAAAUAUUCACGUCGUAGCACCAGAGGAAGUCCCAAAUCCUACUGGUGUAUGAAUCUGGACGCACGUUAG